AUGGCCGAUCCUCUCAGUGUCGCCGCUUCAAUCGCUGGACUUAUCUCCAUCACCGUCGAGGCUGCCAAGUUCCUUAGGCCAUACGUCUCCGCCGCGAGAGAGACCCCACCUGUGGCCGCUCACGUCUACUCAGAAGUGCAGAGCAUUGAAAUUAUCCUAAGUGGACUUCAAAACGUGACCAACAAUCUGUCUUCUGUGCAUGCCCGAAAUGCCGCAUUGAUUGGUGUCAAUCAAGUCAUCACCGUUCUUACAGAUGGUGUCCUUCUUUUUUCCGACCUCCAAGCAGAGCUGCGGUCGCUGUCGCCCAAAAAUGAAAAUGAGGGGAUACCAAUUCGGACCCGGUUACGAUGGGUGCGCAAAGAAAGCACUUUCACUGCACUUCUCACCAGGUUGCAAGGCUUUAAAAGCUCAAUGACGCUUGUUUUGAUGAUUCUAAAAAGCGACUCUGAUCGAUCCGCAACUCAGCACCAUGAGCAACUCUCAUCUAAUAUCAACCUUCUCCUAGAAAGUAACCAUUCUUUAUCCCGUCGGUUACUGAACCUUGGAGAAUCAUUUGAUGCCCAAACCAUUGCUUCUAGACGAAUGAGCUUCUUAUCGUUUACUGAUGUCACCCCACAAAACAUCGGGUCUGAGAAAUCACAGCCAUCAAUUGCUGAAACGGACUCGACCAUUGACAUAUCAAAAUUCGAUUUUGAAGAUGAUUUGGAGGCUUCACGAGCAUAUCGUCGCGCACAGCGAGAUACUAUGGACUUUUCGUUUCGAAGCUCAGUUGCACCAUCUAACUCCUGGUCGGUAUUCUCAGGCAUGAGCCUCGGUGACAUUUCCAUCAUGUCAGUUAUUGCACUGCCCGUAUAUCAAGAGGAUCUCACCAAUGCCCAACAUUACGACUUUGGAAAUGACACACUUGUUGUUCCUGAAGAACCUCAACCCGCAACCGAGAGACCUUUAUUGGUCGAGUGUCUGGAAAUCUUACAGCAGAUUCGUCAACUCCCAGGAAUUGACGAAUAUUUCAAUGAAGCCAAUGGUUAUGAGGACACAUUUCAUGCUUUAUGGGCUAUUUUACGUCAAGGCUACCCACUAAUUAUCCUACUACAAUCAUUGGAUUCACGAAUAGACAUUGAGCCAGAUAAAACCAUCAACUUUCCCAUGCCGUUGGCCCGAUGGAAUUAUAACAACUAUUCUUCCGCUUCGAAAGCUGCCAUAGCCUGGUUUGUGCAAUACUGUCAUAAGGUUCUGGAAAUAGAAACUAGCCGCUUAUUUACGGUUGCAGACCUCGCAGGAAACAGCCCUCAUCAAUUCUCAAAGGUUAUAUCUGUCGUAUCUUUGAUUGUCGAAAAAAUUGUAGCUGCCGGUGUCAUUAGUAACAGCCAUAGCCAUACAAGUUACAAACGCUUUCAGCUACAUGGUGAUUCAACAGAGGCUGUGGAGGAGUUCCUCUCAGAGCAGCACCAUUUUGUUCGUCAGAUGAUGGAGCUCGCCAACAUAAAAAUCCAGCUCGACGGCUACGGCUUCCCUCAUGAUGAUGUGGCCGAUAUUUUCGGCCGAGUCGAAAGUCUGGUCGACCUGCACAUUACCAUGUUGGUGAAAAUGGAAAGAAACCUUUUUGUACCUCAAGAAGAGAAUACGUGGCAUCCGGUGUUUGGACUAUAUUUUACAAAUGUCCAAGUAGAGGCAUUGUUUAUCGCUAAUGAGGUGUCGGCCAGGACCAAGAUACGUUCCUGGCUUGAAGAAAAGCCUUUCAAUGGCGGUGAAGAGUCGAUGAAUCUAUUGACACAGUGUUUGAAAAUUAUACCACUUCCGGGUCAAAGGGUACCGAAAUACCUUUCAUUCUUAGAGACGAAAGACAUUAUGAUGGCCAAGGGAUCCCUCCAUCAAGCUGGUGCAGCUAUAGCAGAGGCUCUUAAGAAUGAAGAGAAUCGAGAGGUUCUGACAGACUUGGACAAUCGUAUCGAAGAUUGGAAAGGACACAGACGCGACCAAUUUGGCAACUUGCUUCUUUUCGAUUUACUCAGCAUCACGAAGGGCAAAGUAACUAACCCUUACCGCGCUUAUCUUUUCCAAGGGAUUUUCCUCCUCUGUAAAGAAGUGAAACCCAGUGUAGGUUCACGAACAGGUUUCCUUUUCAGGAAGAAAAAGGUCGUUCCCACAAAUCAACAGACGAAACUGCAACUCAAAGGACGAAUCUUUUCAUUAAACAUCACUGAUAUCGUAACUGCAUCAGUAUCUGGUAUGAUUAACUCCGUAUUAUUUUAUACCUAUCUUUUUAUUGACACUUUAGGGUCCUAUACGUGUAGAGUGGUGUGGAGAGGGUCGGAUGAUGAUGACGGCUUUAAUAGUUUCACGAUCAAUUUCACAAAGGAGUCUCAAAUGUUACUAUGGUCUUUGAAACUUGAUGAAAUUAGGCAAAGAACAAUUAAAACGGAUACGGAUGCGGCAUGGAUCUAA